CCACGACAGCUGCCGGGACCUCCGAGAAGCCAGAUACUGAAUGAGAAGAUGUUUCAAAUUGGGGGCCUUGUUGUCUUCUGUGGGCUGCUGGCCCAGACCACGGCCCAGCUAGAUGCGCUGCCCUUGGCUGUGACUCCGGCCCUGGCCCCGAGUCCCACAGAUCUUGCUGGAAACUUGACAAGAGCUCUCAGCAAUGGUCUGCUUUCUGAGGGUCUGCUGGGCGUCCUCGAAAACCUGCCGCUAUUGGACAUCCUGAAGGCUGGAGGGAACACUCCUGGUGGUCUGCUGGGGGGCCUGCUUGGGCACGUGACUUCACUGACCCCUCUCCUGGAAAACAUUGUUGAUUUGAAGAUCACUAAUCCCAAGCUGCUGGAACUUGGCCUUGUGCAGAGCCCUGAUGGCCAUCGUCUCUAUGUCACCAUCCCUCUGGGCAUGGUCCUCAAUGUGAAGACGCCCUUGGUCGGAAGUCUAUUAAAGCUGGCUGUGAAGCCAAACAUUACUGCAGAACUCUUAACUGUGAAAGAUGAUCAGAAGAUCCGCCUGGUCCUUGGCGACUGCACUCACUCCCCUGGCAGCCUGAAAAUAUCCCUGCUUGAUGGAUUGGGCCCCCUCCCCCUUCAGAGCUUUGUUGACAACCUCACUGGGAUCUUGAAUAAUGUCCUUCCUGGGCUGGUGCAGGGCAAGGUGUGCCCUCUGGUCAAUGCGGCUCUUGGCCACUUGGACAUCACUCUGGUACAUUCCAUUCUCAAUGCACUGAUCCACAGGCUGCAAUUUGUCAUCACAGUCUAAGCCUUCCAGGAAGGGACCUGGCCUCUGUGGAGCUGAACCAUUUCCUGCUGCUCAAUCCACUCCCUGCCCAGCUGCCAAGGGCUCACAGAAGGCUGGCCCAUGUCCUGGACAAUGACACGGCCAUGUUGGGAGUCCAGAGCAGCCUUCUCUCCAAGGAAACUGCUCCCCCUGCUUUCAGCAUGUGUCACCUUCCAUGUCUGUCACCAAAUAAAACUGCCCUUUCUUUGCC